CAGCAGUGGUGCGGUUGCCUUGUGCGAGACUAGACGUGUAGUUCUACUAGCGUCGUGGCGCUCGUAUGUGUCCAUCAUGACCAAAGUACCUGAGAAGAAGGAUCCCGAUCUGCCUCCGCCCCCAGACGGUGGAUGGGGAUGGGUCGUUGUUUUUGCCUCUUUCAUGAUACACAUCGUCAAUGAUGGAGUGACGUACACAUUUGGAUUGUUUCUAGUGGAAUUCAGAAGUUACUUCAAUGAAGGGGCAGGGGCUACGGCAUGGAUAUCUUCCAUCCUUGCGGGGGUUACACUUUGUUCAGGUCCCAUAUCGAGUGCGUUUGUCAACAAGUACGGAUGUCGACCAGUGACCAUCGUGGGGGCUAUCCUGGGCAGUGUCAGCCUUGUCGCCAGUGCGUACGUCAGCAGCGUAUACAUGCUUUACAUUACUAUUGGUCUAGGAACAGGUUUUGGAUUUGGUCUGAUCUAUCUACCGGCCAUUGUGAGUGUCACAUGCUACUUUGAAAAGUAUCGAUCACUAGCUACCGGUAUCGCUGUGUGUGGGUCCGGCCUAGGAACAUUUGUGUUCGCCCCCCUAACACAAUGGCUGAUCGAAACUCUCGGGUGGCAAAAGGCCCUCAUAGUCAUGGGCUGUCUGGUGCUCAAGUGUGUCAUCUACGGUGUGCUGUUCCGCCCACUAGAGAUGCCAGCGAGUCGGGCGAUGUCAAUGGAAGAGAUCAAACCACUGAAGGAGAAUAAUACUCCGAUCCUGAAGGCAGUGUUGAAUGGCAAUGCUGAUGAUGAACAGAGGAGGCCCCACAGUGUCCACACUUUUGUCACGCCUAAACAUGCAAAUGGCUUGACUCUGACAGCGGUGGAAGACGAGGACAUUGUGAGAACGGCACUUAGCCAGCCGAUGCUGAUGACUGAUGUUACAACUGGCGGCCGUGUCAGACUUCACUCUGAGAGUAGCAGUGUACGCUCAGCACAGAGUGGCAUCAUGUACCGCAAGGACGUCCUGUACAGAGGCAGCCUCCACAAUAUUCCACCAGAGAACAGGAAGAACUCCAGCAUCCCAGAGAAGGUUAUGAUGGGCAAGGAACAGGACGAUAAGGUGGUUGUCUGUGGCUGCUUCCCUUGUCAUCAGGAGACACGUGACACCCUUAACGAGAUGUUAGACUUGUCACUCCUCAAAGAUCCCAUCUUCAUCAUCUUCUCCCUCUCUAACUUCUUCACUAGCAUCGGAUUUUAUGUUCCUUAUACAUUUAUUGUUGCGAUGGCUGAGGUCCAAGGACUGAGCAAGCCGGACCAGAGCUUUCUGUUAGCAGUUAUUGGAGUUGCCAACACUGUGGGUCGUAUUGUGUUAGGUUACUUGUCAGACAAGACCUGGGUGAACCGACUUUACGUGUACAAUGUGUGCCUCACUAUCUGUGGAAUUAGUACUAUAUUAAGUGCCUUAUGCUAUGACUUUCUCACAUUCUGCAUUUAUGCUGCGACAUUCGGCUUCAUGAUAGGAGCUUAUGUCGGCCUGACAUCUGUUAUCUUGGUUGACCUCUUGGGACUGAACAAGUUAACCAAUGCUUUUGGUCUUCUACUGCUAUUUCAAGGAAUUGCCUCAUUUUUGGGACCACCAAUUGCAGGUUGGCUGUAUGACGCCCUGCAAUCCUACAAUCCUGGGUUCUAUGUAGCGGGAGGUACUCUGGCUAUCAGUGGUCUCAUGCUGUUUGUUGUCCCCACUUUACAACGAAGGCUAAACAAAAAUCAAGCUCUGUGCGUCAGCUAGUACAAGAUACAUUACCCCUUCGUGUUCAGUGCCAUUACCGAAUUGUGAUCUCUCUAAGUUAGGCAGAGUCUAUACAUUUAUUUUGUAUAUUCAUAUUGUUAUAUAUCAUGGGGAUGCUUCUCUUACUUGUACUAUUUUUUAGUUUAGAGACGAGAUCGUAAAUAGAUUAGGUUGCAAUUGUUUUACACUAUAUAGCUGUUAGUCUUUAAGUGCUUUGAUCAAAAUUAAAGUAUAAGGUUUUCAUUUUGUAAGCUUGCACAGAGGUGUGAAAAUGAAAAGAUAGACUUACUUUGUUUGUUGGACAAUUAUCCAGGAAAUACAUAAAACAUUUUCUCAAAAAUAUAAAUAUAUGAUCAGAGCAAGCAAGAAAAGUGUGUUUUGUUUAUAAAUAAAUAUAUAUAUAUAUAUAUAUAUAUAUAUAUAUAUAUAUGGCUCAAUAUGAUAUUUAAGUCAUAAAUAAAGCAUUACUAAGAAUUUUGAACAGGGAACUUUCUUUUCCCUGAUUCAUCCAACAAAGGCUGCUGCCUGAAUUCUUUACUUUACUUCAUUAUUCUAUUAUCCUAAAUAAUAAUAAAACAGAAUAUUUUUCUGUGAAUAAGUUGAGUUUAUUUUAAUAUUAGUACAUGGUUGUAUUCAUAGUUACAUAUAAGAUACAAAAUUAUGGAUUAUUAAAACAACAAAAUAAAAAGGAUAUAAUAGCAACAUUAUUGAUUUUACUGCCUCAAGGGGAAAUGUAUUUAAUCAGUUAAAGCCUCUUAAAUAAUUUUAUUUAUCGGUGUGUAGUAGAAAAUGUAAUGCAAUAUUGUUGUAGAUCUUGUUUUAUAUUUCUUUUUAUUCUAAACCUGAAUUUGGCUGCAUUUUAUGUACAGGUGUUUUAUUUAAUAUUAGAAAUAGACAAUAAGAAAAACUCCAAUGUAUUAUUAGUGACGCCAAACUUCUCAGAAAAUAUUUAUAACUAAUCAGUUAAUUUUGAUCAAACAUAUGAAUUGAAUUUUUAAAAUACUAACUAUGAAUUGAAGUUUUUUCAUGUCUGUUUAUUUUAUCUUGAGUACAUAGAUAAUGAGUUGAUAGAAUGUGUAAUAAUAUUAUUUUCCUUGCACGCUAUUUUCCAACAAUAAACAUUGUAUUUACUUUUCACUUUGGUUUAAUUAAUAUUGUAAUAAGUAAAUUUAUUAAAAUUUAAACAAUUGGAUUAUUAAUGUUAUGUGUUAAGCUGACAUGUGGCAUUGCAUGCCAAAAAUACAUACCGUAGUCAUUUACUUAUUUAACAACCUAAAUUUUUGCCUAUACUCAUAACACCUUAUUCCUGUUUUUUUUUUGUGAUGACAGAUAAAAAGACAGAUAAUACAGUGCACUGAAUUUUAGUUUGUUUUAUUGAACUAUAUGCUUAAAUAAUCUGAUUUGUAAUAUAGUAAUACCUAUGCUCAUACACACAGCUAGGCUAAUCUAGAUUAUAUAUUGAAAAUAGUUAAUAUUCUUUUUACCUUAUGAGAAUAGCAACUUGCCAAAGAAAAAGGAUCAUCUUCAAGGAGUAAACAUAGUCAACAUCAUCUUUUCCUUCACAAUAUAGUUUGAAAGAUAUCAGAUAAUGCAGUGAAGCUGUGUACUUGAAACACUGCUAUUAUGUUUCAGUGUGAAUGAUGGUGUGUAUGUUUUUUUGCGUGGAAAUGUUUUUGCAUAUAUCCGCAUGUGUCUAGAGUAUCCUUUGGGAAGAUAAGGGCAAGACUAUAUUUUAGAUAAAUGUGUGUACAUUUACAUUGCAUGGAGCCAUGUUAUCAGCCAAUCAAUUAAUAUAACUAUUUGAUAACUUUUGAUAACUAUACUCUAAGAGUAUAUAUUGCAUUAAUUUUUGAAUGGUGCUAAUGAGUACCUUUUUAUUUUGAAUCCUCCUAUCUAUGUUUUUAAUAUCUGCGGUUUUGUACUUCCAUAUUGACAGUAUAAAUCAUAUUUAUUUAAGUAUUUGCUGCUCUGUUGUUCCUUGCAUUUUUAUACAGUUUAAAAUGUUUAGUUUUUGUUUGUGUUGUAUAUUUCUGUUCUUUGUAUUUCAUAGACUUUGAGGUACCAUUAGAAAAAAACCUGUGAACUAUUUACUCCACACAUAGGCUGAUGCUCAAGUGACAAUAAAAUUAAAAGAUUUAUUUAGUAUUUUUCGUUACUUCUAUGUAAAUUCCUCUUUAUUUCUAUGAAUAAUAUAUUAUUAUUAUUAUUAAUACAUCAUCCAAUAUUAUGUAAAUGGCGGAGAGAGUAAAGUAAAAUUUAUUUUUUAAGUAAAAUGUUAGACUUAACUUAAUUGAAGGUUGUAAAAACAUAUGCUUAUGAAUCUUAACCAACUUUACAAGGCUAAAUAACUCUAAUCCUCUGAGCUCCAGGUGAUGAUCUAGGGGACUUGAAAGAAUUUACUGUGCUCUCCUCUAGGGUUAGAGGAUUAAGUUUCAGAUGACUGAAUUGAUCCUAAGUUUCGUUUCAUAAUAACCAACACUAAAUCUUAAACAAUGUACAUACAUCCUAUUGUCUAUCGUCUAACCAGCUUUUACUUUACAUUCAAUGUUGUGAAGUUUCAAAAUCCCUGCAUCAGUCAACUUUGGAGGGGGUUUAAUAAUGCUUUAAUGAAAUUGUUCUGUUUUCACUAAUUAAAAUAACUGUUGUAACUCAAUUUGUAGGGUAUGAAGAUUGGUCCCUUUUCCUUGGCAGACUAUAUUAGAUUUUAGUAUAAGGUUUUCAAACUAACCUCAUUAUUGUAAAAUUAACUCUUAAUAAGAAACAAUGUGAUAUGCUUCAAUUAUUCUAUAAUGGGACUCAAAUAAGUAUUUCUUUAUAUGAUAUGUGUAAAUAAUCAUACUAUAUGGGUAAUGUAAUAAACUGAAUGAUAUGUACAUAGUUAAAAGGUAUAAAUUUAAGUCUAUUUUAAUGCAUUUCUUUAUGUAAUAAAACAAUUGACCAAAGUA